AUGGCUGAUGCUCCUCUCCUUGGGAGAGCCAACGAUAGAUCGCGAUCAACAGGUAGCAGAAUCAAGAAUGCGCGCAAUGUAGACAGCCAUUCAAGCAUCCUUCACUCCAUCUUCAAGAUCUUCACCGGCGGUCUCAUCGCCCCAGCCGACACCACCUACGCUACAAUCAUGAUUCUCUUGAACAGCAGCGAUCCAGAAGAGCAAGAUAACCUCACCAGGCAAUGGCGCGAACACAAACUCGAAGAGUUGAGCUUCAUCGGCGUCGUGAGCCCCCUCACAGCAGUCUGCCUCGUAAGCACCGGCUCCUGGGACGAAAUAAGCUCAAAAGGCUGGUACAUCCGCGCGAUCUGGUACUCAGGCAUCGUCUUCGCCCUCUUCUCGGUUCUCACAGCCACCCAGCAGACUCUCCGCCUGCACCGCCUCUCCGCGCACAAGGAUGGCUUACACCUCACCCGCCUGUGCCUCGUGCGCGACCGCAAACCGCUCGACAGCGAAGAAGGGCGGGCGAAGCUCGUUCCUAAACCGUUCCAGGUGUGGAGCUGGCAGAGCUCGAUGAUGUUUUUGCUUAUGGCUGUGGCGUGUUUGCUGGUGGGGAUGUUGGUGCUUGUGUGGAGUGCGGUGGUGAAGGAGACGGAUAAUGUAACGUAUGAUGAGAAUCUUAAGCUUGCGGUUACGUUUACCACGGUGCUGUCCCUGACCGUUGCGUACUUCUUUGCGACGCAGGUUAGUAUGAUGGUUGGUGUGAGCGUGGAGUAA